GGUGGACCCGCAGCAGCAGGAGGAGCCACAGCAGCAGCCGGAACAACUACUAGUGCAGCCGCUUUGGACAAGAAGGAGAAGAAGCUGACGAAGAAGCGGAUCCUGCAGCAGCAGCAGGACGCGAAACUGAAAGAGAUGAACUUCUUGCUCGAAAUGGACGAGGAUCCGGAGGAGCGGGCCGCCCGGCUGAAGCGGGAGGAGGAGGAGAAGAAGCGGUAUCAAUUGCAAAUAUAUCUGGGUCUGGAAGAGUCGAAAAGUUUGUCAUGCAGGUUUUGCGUGACCCAGAAGGUAUGGCAUGCAAGCUGUAGUAUGACACGUCUUCAGAAGGUGUCUCGAUGCCUAAUCCGCAUGACAAAGUCCCCUUUUUUGGUGCCAAGUCUUCGUUGGGCCGCCUCUGCUGGUCAUGCAUGACAGAUCUUGUUGCUGUGUGGAAUGUGCAUCACAACUUGCAUCCUUCCAGAGGACCCAGACAUAUUUGCAAUGCAUAGGCGGAAGCAGGAAGCGAUCGAACUGAAGGAGAAGCUCGGCAUCCCGUUCACGAAAGAGGAGGACGGGCUGGUCUUUUACCAGAAGUGGAAGCUCGAGCGGGACCACUUCAAGGACGACUGGCUGAUCAACGAGGAGGAGUUUGUCGAUAAAGUGAUGAAAACCUUCGCGGGGGAAUUGUACGAGCUGGAAUUUAAGGAGCAGCAGGACCAGAUGCAAAAGGAACGGGAGGAGAAGAAACAGUUGGAACAGAAACUGUUGGAAGAGAAGUUGCGGAACAAGAAGGUGGGUGACAGUUUAGAGUUAAAAUCUAUGCUCGGAAAAGUGACGAAGAGGGACAAGAAUCUAACCGGGCGGGAAUCGAUUUCCUCUCCGGACGAUGUGGUGGAUUCGCAGGGCAAUCUUGCGAGGUUCAGCAUCACAAGCUCGGGGGAUUUGAUCAGCGACGCGGCCAGGUUCAGCAUGGUGGAGCCAGCCUCUAAUAUCGGAGAAACGAAUACUAGCGGGAUGGCAGGUGGUGCAAUAAACGGCAACAACACGACCGGCCGCGAGAGCCAAGUUCUGUUCUACCCGUCCUCGUCGGGGCCGACAGGUGGUUCUGUCUCGAGCGCUUCCUCCAGCGACGAGUCACACAUCGACUUCACCGCGAAUCACUUUGUGCAGGUGGAUCAGAGUAAACCGCACAAUAUUCAAGAACAGUUGGAAAGUGAACCUGCGGAACAAGCGGAUGAUCCUCUCGCAGAAAAAUUUUCGAAUUUUUCCCAGAGCGCGGCGGCCUUGCUCGAAUCGGACUUGGAAGAGGUUGAGAAAAGGUUCGAGACCAACUACGGGGAGCUUUUUCGACGACGUGAUUCAGCUGCUGGCGGAGAUAAAGUUGUGCAGGAACAACGGCACCAGGAGAGCAUCUUCAACUUUGAAAAUAUGGAAAAACAGGUCGGUCUUCAAGAAGAACCAGCUCUCGACGUCGACAAAGUCCUUUUCCACGCCGGUUUGGAAGACGAAGAGUUUCUAAAUCAGCAAACCGCUUUCGACGAGAACAACGGACUAUCAAAACCGCACAUCAAUGCGUCUGACGCUGAUUGGAUGGAGAGUUCUAUCGCCAAUCAGGUUUUGCUCUUCCCAACGUUGGUGUACCCUAUUACGAAUCCAGCAAAACCGCAGUCUGAUAAUUUUGUCCUUCGCGACGAGGAAAACCGGACUUACGAAACGUCCAAUUCCCCCUUUCUUUUCAUGGGCGGGGAGAAGUCCAUGGGGUUGGGGAAAAUGAAGGAGGAGGACCCGAACCAAGCCCCCGUCCCGUCGGGCGGGUCCGCUUUGGACCGGAAGCGCGCGUCGCAGAUGCACAUCAACCGGGUGGGGCAGCAGAACCUGAACUUCAACGAGGACAGUUCCGCCGUGCAACGGUCCAUGAGUUGGAAGCAGCAGUACGAUAACAUCAACGCCAAUGCGAACAAUUUGAACCCGAGCAAGAUCAGCGAACUGCCCGAGUGGCUGCGGGAUCCGUUGACCCCCCAGGAGAUGAUCCAAGUGGAUAAGUGGAUGAAGAAACGGCACUUUCCGUACAACAAGGAGACCGUGCAAAGGUUGUGGAAGCUGUUCUACACCAUGGAGUUCCAACGGUUGUUCGAAAUGCCCCAGUACAACGGGCGGAUGCAGAUCGUGCGACACUUGGGCGAUUUGUACGACAAGUGGUCCGAAACCUUGUCCCCCCCGGGGACCGGCACCGGGUUGUCCGCGUUGAAAAAGCGGAUCGCGUCGAUGCGGAC